GGGUGCCCACUGAGUGUUGAAGAUGAUGUCUGAUGCCAGUGACAUGUUGGCAGCAGCCUUGGAACAGAUGGAUGGGAUAAUAGCAGGUAAGAAUAUCUGUCUCUGUCACUGCUGCGUUUGCAUGCUGAAGAACAAGGACUGAUCUCUCAGCAUCACAUUCACUGGCUCAACACUAUUAGAGUUGGAUAGUAAGAUCUGGGACUGUGUUAACAAAGGGUCUCCGAGUAGGAGUGCUGAUUCGGGAUCAGUUUUGCCUUUUGGAUCAUAAUAAUAAGAUUAUAUGGACAGGGAGCGGAGAGCUGAUCCUAGAUCAGCACUCCUCCGCUGAGACACAAGUUACAGUACAAUAUGCCUAUCUCAAUGCUCACUGAAGGAUUAUUGGUCAUACCUGGCCAAACCAGUGUAGCUCCGCAACACAUACUUCAAGAUGCGGAAUACAUUUUUUAGACUGACUGCGAAUAACAGAUCAAUAUGAUGAUCACACUCUCGGGCUAGUUUGAGCAAGUACUAUCCCCUCAUGUCUCUAUCCCUAAUGUUAACUGUUUUUGAUGGUCAUGUUUUCAGGCAAGAACUGUUAUGGCAGGCCAUUCCCUAAAGGUUUUUCUUCAGGAAGUGGACAUUUCCCAUUGUGGUUUGAUAGAGGAAUUCAGCAUGUGGCAGUUAAAUUUAGGACUGUAGCUGAUGGGGAUAAAUGUGAAGCCCAUUUCAGUACUGCAAGCCCAUCUCAGUACUUCAGUAUGGCUGUAUUAGUACAUUAAUGUUAAUGCACAGAUUCAGCAUGGACAGGCUUUAAGGCUAAUCCUAUUUUAUGCAUUGGGUUAAUUAUAGGCCUGAUCUUUCAGUUUAACUGUCCGAUCACAUAAUGUCUGCAGGUCCACGUUUCCCAAGUAAUUCUAGCCUUUCUUCUGUCCUCAUUCAAGCUCUCUCUUUCUUCUCUUUUUUUCUCUCUCUCUCUCUCUCUCUCUCUCUCUCUCUCUCUCUCUCUCUCUCUCUCUCUCUCUCUCUCUCUCUCUCUCUCUCUCUCUCUCUCUCUCUCUCUUCUCUCUCCUUUCUUUCUCUCUCUCUCUCUUUCUCCUCUCUCUCUCCUUUCUCUCUCUCUCUGUGUGUCUCUCUCUCUCUUUGUCUAUGUCUCUCUCCCUCUUCCACUCUUUCUCUGGCCUGUAGCUGUGUUUCCCUGUAGAGUCUCGUGUGUAAAGCAUUUUGGCUUUGUUAAGUAGCUAGAUUUCUUCACUUGUCGUGUCGGCUAAUUCCUGUAAUGAGGAGCAAUGACGUAAUGGUAUAACCCAGAGAUACUUUCACUCUACUCUAGAAAUGCAGGGCUGGUGUGAACCUGUUAUACAUUGCACAGAAUGUCCUCUUUCUUGGGCUAAAAUAUAACAUAGUCAUUUGAUUAAGUUAUACCAUUUAAUAGACCUUAUAAAUGACUGAACUUCUUUUAGGGUUUAAACUAUAGAAACUGUAUAAUUGAGUGUUUCUCCUCCCCCCCUCAGGCUCCAAGACUAUGGACUACUCUAACGGGCUGUUUGACUGCCAGUCGCCCACCUCUCCCUUCAUGGGCAGCCUGCGGGCGCUGAACCUGCUGGAGGACCUCCGGGGCAUGCUGGAGCUGAUGGACACGGAGGAGAGGGAGGGCCUGCGCUGCCAGAUCCCCGACGCCACCGCAGACAGCCUGGUGGACUGGCUGCAGCAGGGACACCUGAUGGUGAGACCAGUCAAAAGUAGUGCAGUAUAUAGGGAAUAGGGUGCCGUUUCGGAUGCGUCUACCCAUGAUGAUAAUGAUGGAAAUCUCAAUGGUUGAAUGUACUGAAUCACAGUGUGGGGACUGCAGUGUCUUCCUGGUUUAGCUAGUGAUAACAUUGACUUUAUCUAGCACCUUCUCAAAGCCAUGUGUAUUAAAUCCUUUGUCACCUCUAGUGAGACACACACACACACACACAUCUGUGACGAGAUUUAAAAAAAGAGAGGACUAAGAGAAUGUCAGACGUACUGUAAACCGACAUGGGAGACGAAUGUUGCGUUCAGUUGAAGUUCAUGUUCAGCUCCGAUGACAUCCCUCAUCACGUUAGUCUCCACAGCGGUGUCGUGUUAUGGCUGGUGUUUGUCCAGACAUGUCAUGGCAUGUGUAAAUAUAGGCCUGCUGUUGCUGUGUGAUGAUUUAGGGUGUGAUAAGGUUAGAUCCACAAAGGGGACCUCUGUUGUUGUGGUGUCCCUCUUGUUAUUCCCUCCUAUGUCACUACAAAAACAUGUCUGAGACUCAUUCGUGGGGAAUCUGGGAUGAUACCUUGAAGAGCUCUACUGCUAUUUAAAGGAUAAGUAUGGUAUGAGGGUAUACAUUAUCACAGACAUUUCCUGGUCAGUUUUAGCAGCAGAGUAGUAAUAUAGAAACCCUCUAAAUAUUGGUGAGGGUCAAUGUUGGUUGGGGUUGAAGCUCCAUUGGGCAGCUAGAGGAUCUUGCUGUAGAGUAACCAGCCAGCACACACUUAUCAAAGGCAACUGGUUAAAAACGUUGAGUCUUUGUGCUGUAGAGUAUGCUGUAGUCAGUAUUCCCCUGGAAAUGGGAGAUGAUAACCCAGGUGUUGUCACAUACCGCUGUGAGAAACAACCCACUGAUGUGUUGGGAAGCAACUGCUUGCUGCAGAGAGCACUGGGAUCUAGGAUCUGGGCCAGGGAAAUGCCAGUAACUCUCUGCUGUAACUCUCUCUGUGUGUACACUAGUCUCUUCAACCAUUUAAGGUGUUGCAGGCAAAGGAAAGGGCAAAUGCAAUAUCAAUUACACUAGCUGUCACUCGAAAGACUCUCGUGCGAUUGUUGUCCAAUAAUUGUCCGUUUUCAAAGCACUUCAAAUAUGCCCUGUUCACCCUUGGACAUACUCCAGAGUACCUCAGUGACCAAUGCUGCCACAACACCACUCUUUAGCUUUAUCUGACUUGAUCUUGAUACAUUAAGCACUGAGCAUGUCAUAAAGCCUUACCGAUGUAAUAGAGGCUUCAUCUCAGAACCCAAAACCGCAUCUUGUGUCCACGUUGUCCAGCUACUCAUAACUUGAUUAACAUUUAACAAUUAUGUUUAACAGUCUGUCACAAAAGACUAUUGGAGGCUGUAUAUUAACAUUCACAGACCAAUCCCAAGUGUCACUCUCUCACUGACUCUUCAUGUUGUCUUCUCCGUGCCUGCCUGCAGUCCAAUGGUCACCACAUCUCCAUGGGUGGUGAUCUCUACCAGGAGAGACUGUCUCGACUGGAGGGUGACAAGGAAUCCCUGGUGCUUCAGGUACUGUACAGUACACAACAACAUGUCAUAGCUAGUAGCCAUCUUACCCAGGCAGCCUAAAUGGCUAAUUUAAGGACGUUACAACAGAAUUGGUUGUCAGUAAGUUACCUUUUUAGUGUAAUGAACUUAGCUUGGUCCCAGAACUGUUUGUGCUUACAAUAGUCAACUUACAAAAAUGUUUGCCAUGACAAUGACCAUAGCAAUUGGCUAUACAGAAGACACAGAUCUGGGACCAGGCUAUAAUGAACUCGGUGUAAAAACUCAAUCAACCCCAUUACCAUGCACCAUAAUAAUGUUUAUGUUAAUGUUACUAUUGUAGUUACUGUGUUACUACACAGGUAUAAGAGCAACUUAGUAUUACCCAUGUGUUCCUGUGCAGGUGAGUGUGUUGACAGACCAGGUGGAGGCGCAGGGGGAGAAGAUAAGGGACUUAGACACGUGUUUGGAUGAGCACCGGGAGAAACUGAACGCCACUGAGGAGAUGCUACAACAGGUCAGUUUGGAGGAGAACGGCCCCUGAACAUGGGGCUCUCUUGAAGUUAUAUUAUUGUCACCACUGCUGAACAGCAAAACCAAGCAAGCAAGGCAAGCUCUGUGUGUGUGUUGACUAUAUUUAGUCUGUGUUUUGUGGUUUCACAGGAGCUCCUUUGCAGAACAGCUCUAGAGACUCAGAAACAGGACCUGAUGGCUGAGGUGUCCAACCUGAAGCUGAACUCAUUUGAGAAGGACAGACUGCACUUUGACUUCAGCGACAAUGAGGUAUGGAAUGGGAGGCCACUGCUUUAGGACUGAUUCUUCUUGCAGUCUUUCUCUCUCCCUCGCUCUCUUUCUAACUCACCCACACACACACACACACACACACACUUUCUUGCUGCCCAAAAACUGUGUGGGGAGGGGAGGCUUAUGUCAUCAUGUGUUCAAAGCUUCAGUGUGUUGGGGCAAGAAAAGAGACCGUUCACUUCCAAGGGAAUGCCAGUUACCAUGACCAGAGGCAAUGGAAUUGUUCUUUGUUUGAAGAUAUGCAUGAGUUGCUCUUAUAUAUAAAUGUCGGGCGUUAGGGUUUUGAUAAUGGGAAAUGGGAAGAUUUUUUUACCUCUGGUUGUAUGGUUGCAAACAAAGACCAAAAAGUGAUGUUCAUAUCUUGUUUACACGGCAGUUCGGAGCAAAGCAGAACAGAGUCGGGGGGGGUGUAUUUGAACCCAGAUGAACUGUGGUGGAUUCUUUGACGGCUCUGAAACACGUCAUGUUAUUGUUGUUGUGGCACAGCCGUCUCUUCCAGUCCACUGGAACAGUGGCCCGCUGUCCAUGAUGUUCCGCUUCACAGCCUAUCAGAGGCUCCCCUCCCCACCAGAGGCACUUUCCUCUCACAUCUCUAAACCUGCUCUGGGAUUUCUACUGUCCCUGGAAAGUAGUCCCUCCAGCACAUUAUAUGGUAUCCAUGGGGAUCAGUAGUAGGCCUUGGAGUAUGUGGGAGAAAAUUCUCUGUGUAGGCUUCUUUUGAUAAGAAAAAGCAAAGCUGCACACUAAUCGCACCAAUGUAAUAAGUCUAAUAAGCCGACAGCUAAGCUGCCUUCAUAUUUAUUUUGAUAAAAUGAAAGCCAUUGCCAAAUUUUAACGUAUGUUAAGUAGCGCAUGAUCCCAGAGGAACAAGCAGUCUUACCAUAUGGCAUAAGGUGAAUGCACCAAUUUGUAAGUCGCUCUAGAUAAGAGCGUCUGCUAAAUGACGAAAAUGUAAAUGUAAAAUGUUUAUCAAGCCAUCUGUUCUAGGACUCCUUUUACUUCUGAGAAAUUCUCUGUUUGAACAAGCGUGUUGUAUGCAGCUACCCUCCUUCCCCAGUGCACUGUGGGUAAUGCAGUCUUUCUCUCCCCUAUCAGGACAUGGUUCUGGAGAUUAAUGAACUGAGGUACAGAGUGACCGAGAUGGAGAGUGAAAGACUACAGUAUGAGAAGAAACUGAAAUCCACUAAGGUGAGUUAUCGUGGGGUAGGCCUACCUACACUGCAAUAUGAAAGCAUGAAUGAUUUAAUUCUGCGAAAAGUAAUCUACCUCCAGAAGGAACACUGUUCCCUGUAGCCUAUUUCUUCUUUACACAUAUAUCCUCUCUUCUUUCUUUGACUAUUUGUCAACUCUUGAGUAUCCCCUUCUCCUCCUCCCCCUUUUGGCGUCUUUUCUCAUGACAUCUCUCUUUUUCUCUCUCUUUUUCCUUGGCUUACCUCUCUCUCCACUGCUACUAGUCUCUAAUGGCCAAGCUUUCUAGCCUGAAAAUCAAAGUGGGCCAGAUGCAGUAUGAGAAACAGAGGAAGGAAAACAAACUGCAGGCCCUGAAGGUUGGCUUUCCAGGGUUUCUGCUUGUUGCCAUCUGAUAUGGGGUUUUUGUUUUUGGCCUUACCGCUUUUGGCUUUGUUUUAGUUUUGUGUUUUGUUCUGUUUUUUAUUUAUUUAGGAAACAGUCAAAUUAUCCAAAUUGUUAAAUUGAUGUGCUUUUUUGGUGCCGGUGCAUAAAGCCAAAGCACUUAUACAUACAAAUUUAAACAUACCCUGAAAUAUGGGAGAGGGGGUGUUAAGUCAGUGGCCAUGUUCCUGGCUGACUACAUUGCUGACGCAUGCCAGAACUUACAACGCCUUGAUAGGUAUUUUAUAUCAGCUAAUCACGUCAUAUGUUAUAGCAAUCUGGUGCCCGACGGCACAGUCGAUGACGUGGCAUGCAACCAUUGGUUGAUGCAAUGCAACGUCUGAGCAGGGGAACACAACCAUUCUCUUGCUCGACUGUGCAGUCGAUGAUGUGGCACACAAUCAUUGGUUGAUGCAAUGCUACAGUACGUCUGCAAUGUAGUUGGCCUGGAAUGCAACCAGUGUUUUUUGGGAUGAUGUCCCUGACUAACUGUUGUGUGUUGGGCAGGAGGAGCUGGCAAUGCUGAGGAGGCAUCUGGAGGGAAGGGACGGAGAGCUGAGGAGGUUACACGACGAGACUGGGUUCAGAGGCAUCACACCGGUUGGCAUGGACAGUGGAGACAGAGGUGAGAUCAUGGACCGUAGCUUACUUUCUCUCUGUCUGUGUCUUUAAGCAAUGGGCCGGUUGCCCGGACACAGAUUAGGCCUAGUUCUAGACUAAAAAGUAUGCCCAAUGGAGAUUCUCCUUUGGACUAGGCUUAAUCUGUGUCUGGGAAACUGACCCUAUAAGACACAUGUACCAGUUCCAUUAAGCAAAGAUAACCGGUAUAAUUCAUUAUAACAGGUUAUAAGCAUGUAUGAGCAUUUGUUACAUUUACAUUUAGAUCAUUUAGCAGACGCUCUUAUCCAGAGCGACUUACAAAUUGGUGCAAUUAUGUCUUAUUAUUAUGCUUAUAAUAUAUUAUGUGUCUGAAAUUGCAGUUUGUCAUAUUUUGUAACCAAUCAACAUGAUUUAAAAUAAUCCGGUCUUGACAGAAGUCGUGAUGGACAGUCUUCAGAAACUACAGCCAGUAAUUCUGUGUCCUGUUUAGUCUCUCACCCAGAUGAAACUCUUAAAUUGAGGCUGAAAGAGAAACGUAAGGUUAUGCGUUUUAUCAAUGCUUGUAUUUAUUAUUAUUUGCUCUUGCACAUCUGUCCCCUGUUUGCAUGUAUGGGCAUGAAUGACCCAUCUGAACUUUGCUUGUCCAUAACCCAUUGGAAAGCUAUUUAAUACAUUGUGUAUAUACUCUGUGAAAUCCUUUUAUCAGUUCAGCCACUGGUAUUUUAGAAGUUAAUAAAAUAUAUAAUAUCAGUGGUUUGUAUUGCAGAAAGGUUGGCCUUUAUGUACUGUAAGAAUGGUAAAGUUAGUUGACUAAAUGGAAAUAUCUUAAAGGUGCAAUCUGUUAGUUCUUUGUCCUCUGUGGCAACUAGAUUAAGUUCAAACAUAAAUAGUGUAAAACACAACCUACACAAAACUACAAGAAAUAUGUUGUUCAAAUGUAUUCACCUGCUCCUCUUUGGUAUUGUGAUUGCAACGGCCGCAAAAUCUCUCUACACAACAUAUUGAUUACAAUGGAAAUCGAAUUUAUGGAUUGUACCUUUAAGACUGCCCCAGGGAAUGAUAAAUAUAUACGAUGAUAGACCGUAUACAUGUCAAAAACGUCCCUUCCUCUCACCUGUCAUGUUAUGGAUGCCCACUCGCUCACUGUUCAGUCUGUGUCAUGUUAUGGAUGCCCGCUCACUCACUAUUCAGUCUGUCAUGUUAUGGAUGCCCGCUCGCUCACUGUUCAGUCUGUGUCAUGUUAUGGAUGCCCGCUCGCUCACUGUUCAGUCUGUGUCAUGUUGUGGAUGCCCGCUCGCUCACUGUUCAGUCUGUGUCAUGUUAUGGAUGCCCGCUCACUCACUGUUCAGUCUGUGUCAUGUUAUGGAUGCCCGCUCGCUCACUGUUCAGUCUGUGUCAUGUUAUGGAUGCCUGCUCGCUCACUGUUCAGUCUGUGUCAUGUUAUGGAUGCCCGCUCGCUCACUGUUCAGUCUGUGUCAUGUUAUGGAUGCCCGCUCGCUCACUGUUCAGUCUGUGUCAUGUUAUGGAUGCCCGCUCGCUCACUGUUCAGUCUGUGUCAUGUUAUGGAUGCCUGCUCGCUCACUGUUCAGUCUGUGUCAUGUUAUGGAUGCCCGCUCGCUCACUGUUCAGUCUGUGUCAUGUUAUGGAUGCCCGCUCGCUCACUGUUCAGUCUGUGUCAUGUUAUGGAUGCCCGCUCGCUCACUGUUCAGUCUGUGUCAUGUUAUGGAUGCCCCCUCGCUCACUGUUCAGUCUGUGUCAUGUUAUGGAUGCCUGCUCGCUCACUGUUCAGUCUGUGUCAUGUUAUGGAUGCCCGCUCGCUCACUGUUCAGUCUGUGUCAUGUUAUGGAUGCCCGCUCGCUCACUGUUCAGUCUAUGUCAUGUUAUGGAUGCCCGCUCGCUCACUGUUCAGUCUGUCAUGUUAUGGAUGCCCGCUCGCUCACUGUUCAGUCUGUGUCCCAUCCUCCUGCUUUCUCCUUCAACCAACACCUCCUUUUACCACAGAUCUCUCCUCCUCACCCUUUCCUUAUCCCCCUCUCCUCUCACCACUUGCCCUCCAUCAACACCCAGUGUGCUGUCUUCUAACCUUCAUCAUCAGUCCAUCACCCUUGUCAUCCUCAUCAUGUCUUUAUUGUGACAGCUAUAGAACAGCACAUUGACAUGGCUUUACCCACCAAGUCCAAAUCCUCCACCUCAAGGUUCCCUCAACUGUGUUAGAUGUGGUGUUUAUUUCACUGUGAGGCUAGGAAAUAGUUAGACUACCUGGACAGGGAGUCAAAAUGGAGGUCUCCCUGACUGUUUAGAUAGUACUGUUGGAUAAUAAUAUGUAUUGACAACGCUCUAAAUAGAUGUACUGUUGUACCAUAGAUCACUAUGGAUGAGUUAGUCAGGGGACCCCAGACAUACAUUGGCCCAGAGUUGACCCAGCUGUAUAUUCUCUGGCUGAAAUCCAUUUCUUUACCCUCCAGAUGUGGAAGUGCAGAGAAUGAAAAAAGCAGUGGAAUCACUCAUGGCAGCCAAUGAGGAGAAGGUACAGUAAACUACAGUUGACCCCCACCGCCCUCCAUCUCAUGAUUCUCAGAGAGUUUGUUUUGUCAAGUUUAAUGUGACAGGACAAAGAAGAGGUUACAACCUUUCCGAACCUUUCUGUGCCCAAAACAAUAAGGGGGAAAAAAUUAUCUGAACCUUGUCACAUGGCUUGACCGUCGAUCUUUGUGACCUCUCUGCACCUGUAGGAUCGUAAGAUCGAGGAGCUGAGGCAGUCGCUGCUGCGCUACAAGAAGGUCCAGGACAUGAUUUCAAUGCAAGGAAAAAAAGGUUUGAGAAACCAUGUUCUAUUUCUAAAACAAUGUGCUAUCACCAUGUUCUAUCUCUAGGAGAGAAACACUCUUGAUUUGUAAGAGCAGAUCGAAGUGUUCUUGAGGUAAAUAUUUUAAGAAUUGAACGUCAAAGCCUAAAAUUGCUGGCAGUGGGCUCCAAUAGAAUGGCCAACUCUCUAGGCUACAUAAAUAUCUGACUGAUAAAAAUAACUCUUUCAUAUUCCAUUCCAGAGAAAACCCAAGACGGCGAGAGUGACGAGAGUAAUAGCGACAGCUCCCUCUCCGUGAUGUCAACGACAACCACCCCGGUUGCCAUGGAGUCGGAGAGGCACGCUCUAGCCGGAGUUGAGGAAGUAGCAGGGAAAAGCCCAGACGAGGUACAGGAUGACAUGAUGACAUAACUACUUAGCUUCAUGCAUAGAAAUAUAUUGACUAGGACGGGUCAAGGCUCUCAGAUCACGGAACAGAUUAUAUUUCUAUGAAUUAAUGUGUCAUCCUCAGAAAUCCUUAUCAAAAAGCCUUCAGAUGUCCUCCAACCAAUAAAACAGCCAAUAAUUACACAUUUUUGAACGAGGUGUUGAGUCACUGUCACUUGGUCAAAUUAGUCUGAUAACAUUCAAUAUCACUUUGCAGUGACACUUUGGAUGGUUGUCUGUUUGAAUGAUGACAAGCACCAUUGUCUUGACUGCUCGUUACCCUUAAUCUACUAAAUCGUGAAAACACUGACCCGAGAGAGAAAAGUAAUCGCUAGCAUUGAUGGCGGUUGUACUUUACUAAAUGUUCUUUCAAUUUGGUCCUCUGCUUCAAUGCGAAGCUGGAGAUGCACUAUGGAGCUACUGAAGUGUCUUCGCCCACACCCAGCCCUACAGUCCAGUCAGCAUGCGAUCCAAAGAGGGGGCCAGAGCUGGACCAAGCUGAACCAGAGAGGUGAGCUGAACUAGAGAUGGUCCAUAACUGUCCAGUGCUGGGGUGUUGUCACUAGGAACCAAACGAGAAGGGACCUACCUGAAUUUCUCCAACUCUCAUUUUAGUAACCUUGUCCGUUGCAAGAUUUUUUGCUACGGUGUGCACUAAUGAAAACACCUCUGUUGAUGAACAAAGUAUGUUACUUAGUUUGCCCCUGAGCAGAGUGAGCUGACUAGGAAAGAGAGAUGUUUUGAAUGGUGUGUGGACCUACUUCCUGAAUUGAGACCGGCCUUGGAAAAAGUCAAUAUCUAGGCGAGCUAUCACGCCUAAUCUCACCCGUAGCGUGGUAAAUGUGGCAUAAUUGAUGACAUGUCGACACCACAAGGUCCAAGGUGUCCCACAAGGGUGCUGACAAAUAUUUAUAGCCUCCACUCCCAGGUUUGACCACAGCCAGUGUACAGUAUAGCGUGCAGCGGACUGCUCGCAGCUUGUCCAUGUUAGCGUCGGGUUAGCAUCCCAACACCUGUCUGUUUAUCCCCUGCAGCGAGGCAGGGGGCCAGGAAGUGUCACAGGAGGCCCCCCUUUCAUGUGAUACUCCACAGUGAGUAUGUCUAUGGUGUGAAGCUGCAUGUCAUAUCCUGUCGCUUUACGCUUCAGCUUCCUGUCAGAAUUCCUUCCUCCCAAAGGUCAGCGGUUCAGUACAUUGACCAGGUGUUGUAGUGUUCAAUGUGAUGAGCUUUGUCAUUUCAGGACCCUGGAUGGCCCCAAUUCAGGGAGUCAGGACAACUUGUAUGUCAGCAACAGCGAAAAGGUAAAGAGAUUUCUGAUAAAUUCUAAAGUCCUCAUUGAAUUUCAUCACUAACACUCCAUCCCAUCAUAUCAUCAUCUGUGCCAGAUUACAUUGGUGAUGGAUGAAAAGCCAACAGAGGUGAGUCUGUUCUCAGCGGUCUUCUUUCUUGUUUGCUCAUCCUCUCUUCCUCUUUGGCCUCUUCCAUCUUAUUAGAAGGCUGACAACCUAUUCCUCCUUCUGAAGGUUAGCGUCCUCAGUAAGGCUAAUGUUUAUGAUUGUGUAGGGAUGGACAUGAGUACUUGAGUACUGGAACGGAUGGCAAAGCUCGAUCUUUAACCAGAGAUCACAUUCUUUUCAAAUACUGUAAAACUAUUUGGUGGAAUGUGCUUUGUUGCAAGUAAAAUGUUGUCUUGAAGACCAUGUUAAUUUGCUUUGACCCUAGUGUUCCAUUUUGUACAUGUGCAUUUGCGGGGCACAACAAAAAAUAAACCAAGCCAAGCAUCACACCAUUCUUUUACCUAAAUUCCCUUUCCCCUCCGUUCCGACCUCUCCCUCCACACCCGUGUGCUGACUGCACACACAAGCCCCUGUUAGACCUACAGAAAUACACUGAGUGUACAAAACAUAAUAUUGAGUUGCACCCCCUUUUGCCCUCAGAACAGCCUCAGUUCAUCGGGGCAUGAACUCUACAAGGGGUUGAAAGCAUUCCACAGGGAUGCCGGCCCAUGUUGACUCCAAUGCUUCCCACAGUUGUGUCAAGUUGCCUGGAUGUCCUUCUUGAUACACAUGGGAAAAUGUUGAGCGUGAAAAACACAGCAACGUUGCAGUUGUUGAUACAAUCAAACCAGUGCGCCUGGCACCUACUGCCAUUCCCUGUUCAAAGGCACUUCAAUCUUUUCUCUUGCCCAUUCUCCCUCUGAAUGGCACACAUACACAAUCCAUGUCUCAAUUGUCUCAAGGCUUAGAAAUCCUUCUUUAACCUGUCUCCUCCCCUUGAUAUACACUGAUUUUGAAGUGGAUUUAACAUGUGACCUCAAUAAGGAAUCAUAGCUUUCACCUGGUCAGUCUAUGUCAUGGAAAGAGCAGGUGUUCCUAAUGUUUUGGACACUCAGUGUAAAUGCCUAUAAAAACGUAUCUAAUUUGCCAAAUGACGACUGUUUUAUCACACAUUCAUAGUGGACUGGUUGAUUGAAGUAGGAAAAUAUAUGUUCCAAAACGAGCUGCAGUUUUGAAAUAAUUGCGUCCCGUCUAUUUUCCGCUUAAGCUACUUUGCGAACUGCUAGUGCCAUUUAGAAUUGGUUAGCCUAGGCCCCUCAAACUCAACUCUGGACCUCGAAGCCAGUUUCACUGCAUUUUUGUAUUGUUCCCCUCUAAUCAGGGACUGAUUUAGACCUGAGACACCAGGUGCUUGCAAUUAAUUAUCAGGUAGAACAGAAAACCAGCAGGCUCCGGACCUCGUAGGGUAAGAGUUAAAUACCCCUGGUCUAGGUUAUAACCCACCUAAACAUGGACAGGUUCCACACUGAAAAUAUGCAAAAACAUUAGUUUGAUAAAGACAGUGUAUUUUCAUCAGAACCAUUAAGCAUAUGCCUACUCACCAAACAUAAAAUAGGUGUCUUGACUGGAAAUAAGAGCGUCUUGUCUGCUAAAUUAACAAAACAAGGCUAUGCCAUUGCACAGCCAUAGGCUUCUACGAGCAAUCGCCACUACUGAGGUUACUGCCUUUUGGAAGAUUGUGUUCCACAGUAUAAUAUAACCAGUUGAUAUUACAGUUUCAAUAAAUUAAUCUUAAAUGACACUUGCUUUUUUAUUGACUGAUUUAGGAUUUGUUAUCUAUAAUGGUUAUGAUAAAUUAGGCAUUGUUGCGAUCUGUUGGCAUAUAGAUAAAUGCGAGAUUAAAUAAAUCCAUUGUAGGCCUUGUGUUCUAAAAAUAUGUAUUUAUUUAUUUAUUUAUUUGAGUACUCAAAAAAAUGUAUCUGAGUACAGUUAAAAAUGAACAAAUCCCUAUGUGUGUGUGUCACCUUGGUUUCAUUGCAUGCGUUUGAUUGCCUUUUAUCACAUUCAAUUGAAAUGUAUGAAUUCUUUGCACUUUAAGCCAGCUCUGCACUGUCUGGUAUUUUCAAAUCCAAUUUCCCAUAGAUCGUUUGAUAUAUUACUGCAUGUGUGUGAUGUGACAUGGUUCUGGCAUUGUGUGCACUGAUUUAGCAGAUAGCAGCUGUUUUGAACAAUGCUUUGACUUGAUUGAUUGUAAUAUGUGGUUGUUUUUACCUACCUUAGUUGAAUGCACUGAUUGUAUGUUGCUCUGGAUAGAGCGUCUGCAAAUGACUAAAAUGUCAAAUUGACGUUGUCAGCUCUGUUUUCUGCUACUGUUCCGAAUAAGGCUGUGGAGGAGAUCAGUAAGAUCAGCGAGCGCCCGCCCAAGUCUCCCUCUUCGUCUCACCCCAUGACCACGGAGGAUGACCACUUUGGUAACAAGAAGGCUCGCUCCUCCUUCGGACGGGGCUUCUUCAAGAUCAAGGGAAGCAAAAGGACAGCCAGCACCCCUAACCUGGGUAAGUGCGGGUGGAUGGAUGGCCUAGUGUGGGUGGAUGGGCUGUGGGUCUCAGAUGGAAGCUUUGUGGUAACAGAGCCCAUAUUCACAAAGCGUAUCAGAGUAGGAGUGCUGAUCUAGGACCAGGUCCUCCCUGUCCAUAUAAUCUUAUUCAUUAUGAUCUAAAAGGCCAAACUGAUCCCAGAUUAGCACUCCUACUCUGAGAUGCUUUAUAACUUGUAUGAUGUGGUAUCUUGUGCAUUUUGACCAAUUCAUGUUAGGUAUGAUUAGAUUUGUGAGAUUGUAGCCUUUUUUUAGAUCUUAAAAAAAAGACUACAUGACCAACUGUAUGUGGACACCUGUUCGUCGAACAUCUCAUUCCAAAACAUGGGCAUUAAUAUGGAGUUGGUCCCCCCUUUGCUGCUAUAACAGCCUCCACUCGUCUGGGAAGGCUUUCCACUAGAUGUUGGAACAUUGCUGCGGGGACUUGCUUCCAUUCAGCCACAAGAGCAUUAGUGAGGUCGGGCACUUUUGUUGGGCGAUUAGGCCUGGCUCGCAGUCGGCGUUCCAAUUCAGUCGGCGUUCGAUGGAGUUGAGGUCAGGGCUCUGUGCAGGCCAGUCAAGUUCUUCCACACCGAUCUCAACAAACCAUUUCUGUAUGGACCUCGCUUUGUGCACAGAGGCAUUGUCAUGCUGAAACAGGAAAGGGCCUUCCCCAAACUGUUGCCACAAAGUUGGAAGCACAGAAUCGUCUAGAAUGUCAUUGUAUGCUGUAGCAUUAAGAUUUGCCUUCACUGGAACUAAAGGUCCUAGCCCGAACCAUGUAAAACAGCCCCAGACCAUUAUUCCUCCUCCACCAAACUUUACAGUUGGCACAAUGCAUUAGGGAAGGUAGCGUUCUCCUGGCAUCCGCCAAACCCAUAUUCAUCCGUCGGACUGCCAGAUGGUGAAGCAUGAUUCAUCACCCCAGAGAACAUGUUUCCACUGUCCAAUGGCGGCGAGCGUUACACCACUCCAGCCGUCGCUUGGCAUUGCGCAUGGUGGUCUUAGGUUUGUGUGCGGCUGCUCGGCCAUGGAAACCCAUUUCACGAAGCUCCCGACAACAGUUCUUGUGCUGACAUUGCUACCAGAGACAGUUUGGAUCUCGGUAGUGAGUGUUGCAACCGAGGACAGACAAUUUUUAUACGCUUCGCGCUUCAGCACUCGCCGGUCCCGUUCUGUGAGCUUGUGUGGCCUACCACUUAGCGGCUUAGCCGUUGUUGCUCCUAGACAUUUCUUCUUCACAAUAACAGCACUUCCAGUUGACUGGGACAGCUCUAGCAUGGCAGAAAUUUGAUGAACUGACUUGUUGGAAAGGUGGCAUCCUAUGACGGUGCCACGUAGAAAGUCACUGAGCUCUUCAUUAAAGCCAUUCUACUGCCAAUGUUUGUCUAUGAAGAUUGCAUGUCUGUGUGCUCGAUUUUAUACACCUGUCAGCAAUGGGUGUGGCUGAAAUAGCCGAAUCCACUAAUUUGAAGGGGCGUCCACAUACUUUUGUAUAUAUAUUUUAGGUGUCUGAUACUUAAUUCAGACAGUAAGGAAAUUAGAGGGGUAGACAUGCAAGUGGGAGAAACGGUGGAAAGGUUGUCGUAUGUGACGUGCCGGGGAGUGUUACCAUUACACCACGGCACUGCACAGCCUUUAGUUUUAUUCUGAAGUCUGAGUGGUUCUUACCAAAGAGCUUGGUUUUUCAAUGUAGCUCUUAAAACCACACCCAUAGUUAAAAUACAUACCAACACCAUAAUGACUAGUCCCAGAAACUGUUCUCCCUGUCUAAUUAUGAAAAUGUAGCCUACUGUGUGUGCUUUGUAGUUGUGUUAUGUAUGUAUCUUAUCUGUCUCCUCCUCCUACCAUCAUACUGUGACUCUCCCCUGUAGUUUUUUCCCUUCGGUAACCUUUGACCUCUGUCUUGUUCCUCUCGUGUCAUGUGUGUCGGGUGUGUGCUUUGUGUAACACAUUGUGAAGACCGCAGCCGGAGUGCGAGUGCGCCUAUGCUAGGUACAGUAUAAUGGAGCCAUCAUGUCCUCAGGGCAAGGCAGGGCAGCAGUAUGGCGCCUCUGGAGUAAUGACCACUACUGGAUAUGACCCUUGAACUCAUAACAUUCCCCCCAUCCCCUUCCUUCCCAAAUCCUCUCAACCAACUCCUCAACCUCGACCAACUGUUGAAUUUCUACUUUCACCUAACUCACAAACGUGUUAUGUGAGCUGAACUGUCCUUUGUAAUUCAAUUUCAUAAAUCAUGAUUCUCCCAAAACGUAGAAAUAAAUUGUAAUUUUUUUUACUUACUUGGGUGCCCACUCUAUAUGGAAUAUGAGUUGAAGGUGACUUAUACAUAUUCCAUAGGCAUGCUCGUGUUGAUAGAGAUGUAAGGGUAGGAAUAUAUGUUCUUAUAUAAACUCAGCAAAAAAAAGAAACGUCCCUUUUUUUUUUCAAAGAUAAUUUGUGAAAAUCCAAAUAACUUCACAGAUCUUCAUUGUAAAGGGUUUAAACACUGUUUCCCAUGCUUGUUCAAUGAACCAUAAUUAAUUAAUGAACAUGCACCUGUGGAACAGACGUUAAGACACUAACAGCUUACAGACGGUAGGCAAUUUAGGUCACAGUUAUGAAAACUUAGGACACUAAAGAGGCCUUUCUACUGACUCUGAAAAACACCAAAAGAAAGAUGCCCAGGGUCCCUGUUCAUCUGCGUGAAUGUGCCUUAGGCAUGCUGCAAGGAGGCAUGAGGACUGCAGAUGUGGCCAGGGCAAUAAAUUGCAAUGUCCGUACUGUGAGACGCCUAAGACAGCGCUACAGGGAGACAGGACGGCUGAUCGUCCUCGCAGUGGCAGACCACGUGUAACAACACCUGCACAGGAUCGGUACAUCUGAACAUCACACCUGCAGGACAGGUACAGGAUGGCAACAACAACUGCCCGAGUUACACCAGGAACGCACAAUCCCUCCAUCAGUGGAGACUGUCCACAAUAGGCUGAGAGAGGCUGGACUGAGGGCUUGUAGGCCUGUUGUAAGGCAGGUCCUCACCAGACAUCACCGGCAACAACGUCGCCUAUGGGCACAAACCCACCGUCGCAGACAGGACUGCCAAAAAGUGCUCUUCACUGACGAGUCGCGGUUUUGUCUCACCAGGGGUGAUGGUCGGAUUCGCGUUUAUCGUCGAAAGAAUGAGUGUUACACCGAGGCCUGUACACUGAGUGGGAUCGAUUUGGAGGUGGAAGGUCCGUCAUGGUCUGGGGCGGUGUGUCACAGCAUCAUCGGACUGAGCUUGUUGUCAUUGCAGGCAAUCUCAACGCUGUGCGUUACAGGGAGACAUCCUCCUCCCUCAUGUGGUACCCUUCCUGCAGGCUCAUCCUGACAUGACCCCCCAGCAUGACAAUGCCACCAGCCAUACUGCUCGUUCUGUGCGUGAUUUCCUGCAAGACAGGAAUGUCAGUGUUCUGCCAUGGCCAUUGAUGAGCCCGGAUCUCAAUCCCUUUGAGCACGUCUGGGACCUGUUGGAUCGGAGGGUGAGGGCUAGGGCCAUUCCCCCCAGAAAUGUCAGGGAACUUGGUGGAAAAGUGGGGUAACAUCUCACAGCACAGAACUGGCAAAUCUGGUGCAGUCCAUGAGGAGGAGAUGCACUGCAGUACUUAAUGCAGCUGGUGGCCACACCAGAUACUGACUGUUACUUUUGAUUUUGACCCCCCCUUUGUUCAGGGACACAUUAUUCAAUUUCUGUUAGUUACAUGUCUGUGGAACUUGUUCAGUUUAUGUCUCAGUUGUUGAAUCUUGUUAUGUUCAUACAAAUAUUUACACAUGUUAAGUUUGCUGAAAAUAAACGCAGUUGACAGUGAGAGGACGUUUAUUUUUUUGCUGAGUUUAUAUUACAUUUCAGAAAUCAUGAUUAACCCAAGUCUUAUUCCAAGUCUUGGUGGUGACCUCGUUAUUUCAAGACUUAAUGAAGCAUGCUUCACGCAUAGAAGGUUUGAAUUUCCACUCUAAACAUUAGACAUUUGAAUAGAGGUUACUUACUCUCAGGCAACCAUUAGACCAUGGCAAGGCAUUAUCGUUGCUGCUAUUUUGGUAUAUCAUUCUACAGUAGCUACAGUAGACAUCCUCACAUACAACCACACCCAUGUUACCAGCAAUUAUUCCUAGGCAAACCGCUUUGUUGGAGCAACAUGGCUGGAUAACAUCAAAGGUCAGAGCCUUUUUUGUAUGUUUGUUCUGUGUGUCGGCAAACUGCAUGUACAUUCUCAUUUCUAUUUCUGUUCAAACUCCCCUCGCACCAAACCAUAUCCCGGUCUUAUAACCAGAUGAUGUCAUCUGCAAUGAUGCUCCCCGGAUAGUCUUCAUGAAGUUAAUUUAUUUCCUAGAAUGUUAUGUUCUACCUGAUGUUUUGGCUCAUAUCAGUUGAUCCGCUGUUCACUAUUCCUGAAAGCUAAAUUCAACUCCAAAUGUUCAAAUAACCUUUUUUGUAAACCCACUAAACACAGUUAGAUCCUGAUUAUGUUGUGGUUUCCAAACUUAGACCACCUCACCCUCCCAUGUACAAGUUGAGCUCAGUGAGGCGGUCAUGCAUGCUGUAACCAGAGGCUUAGUGAGUCUCAUUUAGGAAUGUGUGUGGAUGAAUUACACUCUGUUCAAGUUUUAGGAUGGUUCCUAUAUCUCUUCAGGUAUAAUAUUUAUAAUAUUGAAAUGUGAAUUGUAUGCAUUUCAGUCCUGUUUUGUCUAUACACCAGUGCAUAACUAGUCUUUGACUACAACUAAAAUAAAAGCACUCUUUAGUGCUUCAGGAGUCUCCACUCCAUUGCAUGCAGACAUUAACAGACCAGAUUGUCUGGGUAUUAGUGUUGAUACCAUCCCCAUGAUCUCUCUGUCUGGGAGUUGUGGUGUGGCUGGCCAUAGGGUGUGUCUGGGCCACAGCCUCUGGCCCUGAGAUGCAGAUAUCUGUGCAUGGCUGCAUCUGAAAUGGCAUCCUAUUCCCUACAGGUGUAGAAUAUUUGACCAGUUUUUCACAGCAGCAAAGUAAUCCUGCAGCAACAGUAAAUGUGAAUUGUUUGGAUUAUAAUUAAUGGCCAUUUUUGUAGGGGUUGAUACAUUUUUAGUUGGGGCAAAUCAAGUCUGACCUUUUUUAAAGUGCAAAUUACAAACUUUAGAAGCCUAUUUAAACCUUGAAAACACUACAAGUCUGCAUUUCCUGCUGUGCAGAACAUUUCCUACAAUGACAGGGAGAUAAUUUAAGAUCCUACACCUGAUUAUAGUGCACUACUUUUGACCAGAGCCAAAGGGGUGACAUUUUGGACGCACCCCACAGCUGUCACCAUGGUGGCAUGGCAGUGCUGAUGCCCUGUGGUCAUUGCUGAUGUCCUGUUUGUACAGCUGAGAUUGAGCGAGAGGGGGGCACUGACCAUCUGGACCUGGCUGGUCUACCCCAGAGGUCAGCCAACAGCGACAGCACCAACACACUGACCAGUGUGACCUCCACUACCUCCCCCGAGUGCAAGAAGAAGUCCAAGGGAAUUAAGGCGCUCUUUGGAAAGUGAGUGUUAAAGAUGUUUGGUAUAGAACUCUUGAUGACACUGUCCUGUAAGACAUCAAGAUUGAGUUUGGGAUGCCUGGGUCAUAUUCAUUAGGCAUCAAAACAGAAGGAAACUGACAAACAGGGAGGGAGUACUUGAACUUGUCCAGUACAAAAUGCUUAUUUUUUGUUUUCUGUUGCAAAACAUUUUGCUACGGUUUGCCCUAAUGAACACAACCCUGGUUAAUAUUGAUCUGAUUUAAAACUCUGAAUUAAGUCUGACUAAUCAAAGAGCCUGAUAAACUAAGCUUGCAAUAUAAGGAAGAGAAACAUGUUUUGUGUAUUCUUUUAUAAAAAUAAAAAUAAAUAGCUUUCAGCUAUGGUAACCACAACCAUGGUAUAUUUAGCUUGGAGUCAUAAGUGCACAACUUUCAAACAUGACACGACUUGAAUUUAAUUGAUGUAUUUUUUUUAAUUUUCUUUAAGGCUGAGGAGAAGUCAGUCCACCACGUUCAACCUGGACGACAACCUAUCAGAACCGGUCGAGUUCAAGAGAGGUGGAGUCCGAGCCACAGCAGGGCCCAGACUGGGCUGGUCCCGUGACCUACAGAGAUUACCCAACAAGUUAGUGUGCACUGUGAACUCACCUUGAAUUAAUGAGAAACAACAAGUUAGUGUGCUCCGUGCACUCCCCUUGAGCAAUGAGAAACAUCAUGUGCGUCCUUUAGCUUUCUGUGUGCUGAAAUACACAGAGAAAAACAAUGCUAGAAAUGACUCUCUUACACUACCCUUAUCCGGACAUGUAUUCUGGUCCCAGAUUUGUUGGUGCUCUCUUGCCAACUCCUACAGGCAGAGAGAGCACAACCAGAUCUGGGACCAGGCUACUUGUGAUGACAAGGAAGUUCAAUCUAAACUAGUCCGGUUUUGCGCCCUACCAUGGUCAAGUCAUUCUGAAAUGCUUCCCAGCAAAACAACUUCAUGGUCAUUGUUAGAAGGCAAUACUGUGUUCCUUUAUGAAUGGUUGACCCACGUUAAGUCAGCAUGUCCUCAUUCUUUCGCUUGUAGUGACCUGGACACCCCGUUUGCCCGCUGGUCCAAGGAGCAGGUGUGUGACUGGCUGCAGGAGCAGGGGCUGGGGCUCUGUCUGAACAUGGCCCGCGUGUGGAUCUCUUCUGGACAGACUCUGCUGCAGGCCUCACAGCAGGACCUAGAGAGGGUGAGCACUGAGCAGGAGAGAUUGUAUUUCAAUGAGACUAACCUGUAUGAAUUAAAAACACCUGGACUCCGCAGUACAGCCAGAUGUCAUUUGUAUUUAUCCCCUAUGAGGCAAUUCGCCCCAUUAGGUUUGUGGUUGACGCAACCCAGGUGUAAAACAACUAUUGAUGACGCCACAGGCUAUGUAUUAAUUGUACUGUACGUUAAGGACCUUAAAUAUGUGUCAAAUAAUCCUGUAAGGGAUGGGUCACUAAGGGUGACUUUACACGUAAAUGAAAAUAUAAUUCAUUCAGCACUUUGUUAACCUAGGCACUGCCUCUCUUUAUACUCUGUGGCCAAAUAUACUGUACUCUAUGACCGGAGAAAUCAAAUGGAUGGAACUAAUCAUCUGUUCUGUCCUGGGGGUGUGGCUCUGGGUGGUUGUUAUCUCUGUGUGUUUAGGAGCUGGGCAUCAAACACCCACUGCACAGGAAGAAGCUCCAGCUGGCCCUGCAGGCCCUGGGCUCUGAGGAGGACGACAACAAGGGCAAACUGGACUACAAUUGGGUGACCAGUGAGUAGAUUAACUGCCAGUAGGGGAGUCAAGGUUUAAUGCUGGGGUUUUACUAUGCUUAACAUCUCAUGUUGUCGAAAUGAUAUGGUGGGCGUUUCAAAUUAAUUGUAAUCCAAUAAACAAGUUCUGAAUUUGAUUCAAGUGCUCUCAAGAUGUAAGUUUGAUAAUUUGAUUUCUAAUAGGGAAAUUGACUGGCAGGUUGACAGAUCCCCUCUCACCCCCCUUCCCCCCUCUCUCUCUCUCUCUCCCCCUCUCUUGUCUCCUCCCAUAGGGUGGCUGGAUGACAUUGGCCUGCCUCAAUAUAAGACCCAGUUUGAUGAGGGGAGGGUGGACGGCCGCAUGCUGCACUACAUGACAGUAGUGAGUGUCGAAGAGAUAGACAGACGCAUAAGAGUCCUGUCCUCAGGCCAAGCAUGGAUGGGCCUGAUCAGAUUCAGAUACUGUAUGGCUCUAGGCCUAAUGAUCACACUGCCAGUUCACAUUAGGCUGAACAGACUGUACAGCAUGGACUACAAAGUGUGAUUAGGAACACUGGAGAAGGCCUAGUCUCACCCUCCAUGGACGCAAUGACUACACAAUGGCUUGAUACAAGACGGCAAAAACAAAUACUAGACAUAUACCACACUACUAUUAGUACAAUCAAAUAGAAUCUCGUCAGAUUGCCGGACCUUACCUGCUGGGAAAUUGUUGUUUUUUCUUUGCGCAAUGGUAAAAUCCUCACUAACUCAAUGUAGGAGUCCUCCUGCUGACUAUUUCCAUCUGACCUGACACUGUUGUAAAAAUUAUUGUUCCUGUGUCCUCUGUCAGGAUGACUUGCUGUCUCUGAAGGUGGGCAGUGUGCUCCACCACCUCAGCAUCAAGAGAGCCAUUCAGGUGCUGCGCCUCAACAACUACGAGCCCAACUGCCUGCGCCGACGGCCCUCCGACGAGGUAGGUCCACUGGACCACUGGUCUUUUUCAUUAGGCACCAAAUAGAAGAAAACGGACUGAAACAGGGAGGGACUACCUGGGCACAUUUUUGCUUUCCGUUGCAAAUGUUUUAAAUAGUUUUCCGGUGUGUGCCCUGAUGAAGACUACCCUGGUUCCAGGAAUACAUUAACACUAGUCAGUGCUACUGGACAAUCCACUUUUUGCUGUGUACUCCUUCUCCACUUCUUCAAGCUAAACAAGUGUUAACAAAUUCUGGCGCUCAGUCAUUUGUUCUGUUGAUAAACACAUUAUUUUCUCUCUCUGUCUCCUGAUUGGUCAGAACAACAUCACGCCAGCAGAGAUCUCCCAGUGGACCAAUCACAGAGUGAUGGAGUGGCUGAGAUCAGUGGACCUGGCGGAGUACGCCCCCAACCUGAGGGGCAGCGGCGUUCACGGGGGACUCAUGGUGAGAAAGAAUGAUCAGAGAGCCUUUGAUCCAGUUUAAUGUGGCCCACAGUUGUCUUGGUAAAAGAAGAACAACUUUUUUUUUGGGUGAAAAAUUACUAAAUGACUACAUAGAAAUGACAAUGGGUUUUUAUCUUACAAUGAGAAUGGGAUGUGACUCAACCUAGCUCACAUCUCACAAUGUUCCCUCUUACCCCAGGUGCUGGAGCCUCGGUUCAAUGUGGAGACCAUGGCCCUGCUGCUGAACAUUCCCCCCAACAAGACCCUGCUGCGGAGGCACCUGGCUACCCACUUCAACCUGCUAGUGGGCUCUGAGGCCCAGGGGCUCAAACAGGAGUGUCUAGAGAAUCCCGACUACACCCUGCUCACCGCCACCGCCAAGGUCAAGGUAGGGGUCAAAAGUAAUGCACAAUAUAGGGAAUAGGGCGCCAUUUUGGACGUAACCAUGGUUUUAGGUAGGGGUAAGGAGUGAUGGAGAAGGGGAAGAUGUGUGUUUGGGUGGGGUAAGAAAUUGUUCUAAUCUGUUUGACACUGGUUUUGGUUAUGAGCUGUAGUCUCAAUUUAUUAUAAUUUGAGAAAUAAUCUGUUCACACCAGCCGAGGAAGAUGUCGUUCGGUAGCUUCGGCAGCCUGAGGAAGAAGAGGCAGGAUGACAGUGAGGAGUAUGUCUGCCCCAUGGACGUGGAGAUGCCAAAGGGACGUAGCUUCCAGAAAGGCUAUGAGCUUCAGCUCUACGAGGACGACCUGGACCGGCUAGAGCAGGUAAACUUUAGUCUGGUCCUAGGUCUGUUUGUGCUGUCUUGCCAACUCCUAUGGUCAUUGUCAGACCAAGCAUUUUGGCAAGACAUUUCUCUGUAAAGGCUGCAUGGUGCUCAUACACACUUAAUAAGUUCUCCAAGUAAUUGGUAAGUCAUCACAUCAAUACUUAGAUUCAACCUCCACCUUUUAGAUUGUUCUCUACUCAAUGAUUCCAGGCUGACCUUUUUGGUCGUUCACUGCCGUGACAAGAGAUGGCAGCACUGUGCCUAGUUUCUGUAUUCGCUCAGAGCAGCUGAACACUGACAGAUCUUCUUAGUAAUGGUGUUGAGUGUCAAACCAUAUCCGUUAUUGUAGAUGGAGGACUCAGAGGGGACUGUGAGGCAGAUCGGAGCCUUCUCCGAGGGCAUCCAAAACUUGACGGUAAGAAGGAAUCUUUUCUUUUUUUCUGUUUUAAAUGUGCUUAAGUGUUAUGUUGAUAUGGUUUAUGGAUAACAAUAUUUAAGGGUAUAAGCUCUACAGUGCUUUUAAGAAGUAUUCAUACCCCUUGAUUUAUUCCAAAUGUUGUUGUUACAGCCUGAAUUGAAAAUGGAUUAAAUAUGUUUUCUCAUCCAUCUACACACAAUACCCCAUAAUGACAGUGUAAACAUGUUUUUAGACAUUUUUGCAAAUGUAUUAAAAAUGAAAUACAGAAAUAUCUCAUUUACAUAGGUAUUCACACCCUUAUGCUAUGACCCUCCAAUUUUAGCUCAGGUGCAUCCAAUGACUUUUGAUCAUCCUUGAGAUGUCACUACGACUUGAUUGGAGUCCACCUGUGGCCAAUUCAAUUGUUUGGACAUGAUUUAGAAAGAAACACACCUGUCUAGAUAAGGUCCCACCGUUGUCAGAGCAGAAACUAUACCAUGAAGUCCAAGGAACUGUCCGUAGAUCUCCUAGAUAGAAUUGUGACGAGGCAUAUUUCAUUUUCAAUAAAUUUGCAAACAUUAAAAAUAAGCAAAAUAAUUGUUAUUAUGGCGUAUUGUGUGUAGAUGGGUGAGAGAGAAAAAUUUAGUUAAUCAAUUUUGAAUUGUGGAAUAAGUCUAGGGGUAUGAAUACUUUCUGAAGGCACUGUAUAAAUAUAUAAGGCAUUUGUGACAUAAAUAUACAUUUAUGACAUAAAUAUAGGCAUAUUUCAAAUGGGUCCUUACAUUUCUUCUCCAGUAUUAAUUUCUUAGUUCAUGCAUUGUGUCCCUGUGUUUCCAGAGCAUGCUGAAAGACGAUGAAUUUUUCAAAGAGAUCUCCAACUCACCCAACCCCAGCAUAACAGAUGACGAUUCCAACGUGUGACGCAGACCGUCGCCAUGGGACCCUGUGCCCUAGUGCCGUUGUGAACCAAAGUCUCCACUAGCAGACCAGGAUUCAAAUACUAUUUGAAAUAUUUUA